GACCAUGGAGCUGCCCGGGUGCGACCCCGGGCAGGACAAAUUGGCUGCGCCUUGCAUGGCCCCGGGCCUAUCUGAGAGAGUCAGAGGGAGCGUGGGGUCCGCAGUGGGGAGAACAGGACACUGCUGAUCUCAGCUCGGGCGUCGCGUAUAUAAAAAGUUGAACUUUGCUGCUAAAGAUGGCAGACCCAGAUGUCCUCACCGAGGUUCCGGCGGCAUUGAAGAGGUUGGCCAAGUACGUGAUCCGAGGUUUUUAUGGCAUAGAGCACGUGUUGGCCUUGGAUAUCCUGAUUCGGAACCCCUGUGUGAAAGAGGAGGAUAUGCUGGAGCUACUCAAGUUUGAUCGGAAGCAACUUCGAUCAGUUUUGAAUAAUUUAAAGGGAGACAAGUUCAUCAAAUGCAGAAUGAGAGUAGAAACUGCCGCAGAUGGGAAAACUACUCGCCAUAAUUACUACUUUAUCAAUUAUCGCACACUUGUUAAUGUGGUAAAAUAUAAACUAGACCACAUGAGAAGAAGGAUUGAGACGGAUGAGAGAGAUUCCACCAACCGGGCUUCCUUCAAAUGUCCUGUGUGUUGUAGUACUUUCACAGACCUAGAAGCUAAUCAGCUCUUUGAUCCCAUGACAGGAACUUUCCGCUGUACGUUUUGCCAUACAGAAGUAGAAGAAGAUGAAUCAGCAAUGCCCAAAAAAGAUGCACGCACACUUUUGGCAAGGUUUAAUGAACAAAUUGAGCCCAUUUAUGCAUUGCUUCGGGAGACAGAGGAUGUGAACUUGGCCUAUGAAGUACUUGAGCCAGAACCUACGGAAAUCUCAGCCCUGAAACAGAGCAAGGACAGAGCAGCCAGUACUGCUGGAGCUGCUGGCCAAGCAGGAGGUCACCACCGGGAAGCGUGGGCCACCAGAGGGCCCUCCUAUGAGGACUUAUACACGCAGAAUGUUGUCAUUAACAUGGACGACCAAGAAGAUGUCCACCGUGCCUCCCUGGAGGGGAAAUCUGCCAAAGAGAGACCCAUUUGGCUGAGAGAGAGCACUGUCCAAGGGUCAUAUAGUUCUGAAGAGAUGAAAGAAGGUGGCCUAGACAUGGAUGCAUUUCAGGAGCGCGAGGAAGGCCACACGGGGCCUGAUGAUAAUGAGGAGGUCAUGCGCGCACUCCUCAUUCAUGAGAAGAAGACUCCCACUGCCGCCGCCAGCUCUGUGGGGGCAGCUGCUCCUGUGGCUGCCACCAAUCCCAGUGACUCUGAAAGUGAGACCAGCGAGUCAGACGACGACUCUCCACCCCGGCCAGCAGUGACUGUGGCUAUGCAUCGUCGGGAGGAGGAUGAGGAAGAUGAGGAAGAGUUUGAAGAGGUGGCAGAUGAUCCUGUUGUCAUGGUAGCUGGCCAUCCAUUCUCAUACAGUGAAGUGAGCCAGCGGCCAGAGCUGGUGGCCCAGAUGACACCAGAAGAGAAGGAAGCGUACAUAGCCAUGGGACAGCGCAUGUUUCAGGACCUCUUUGAAUGAACUUUCUCUGCCUACUCCUUUCUGUCAUGCUCGUUUCAAAAAGAAAUUCCCUACCUUUGAAGAAAAAUGUGCAAGUGGCUUUCCUGCCCUCUUGAUAGAAAGCACCUAUUAAUGUUUUACAAAGAAUAAUGGGAGAGAAUGUUUGAUUUUAAUGCCACAGCAUCCCAGAAAGGUAGGUUGACCGUAAGCAUUCCCUUCUCCGCUGUACUGCAGUAUUAAUAUGUUACUGUAUUUCCGAAUCUGUUUUUUUUCCUCUUUAAGAUACCCUUUUUUCCCUUCUGCGAUAAAUGAGGGAAAUAAAUUCUUCUUUGCAUACUUACAGAAACCUACUACAGUUAGUAAUAGUUUUGUUGAUUCUUACCAAGGAUUUAAACAGUUCCUAAUAUUGUCCCCAAACAAAACAGUUUGCUGAUAGGCAAAUUGUUCGUUAAGGGGAAAGGAUGCUAAAACUCCAUAUUUGCCCUAAUUAAGAUUGGUAUAAAUAUGUCAGGGGAGGUGAGAAUGUGUACAGAAGAGGGAUGGAUAUGCCUGAGCCUUGUGAUUAGUGUGUAAACCAAAAUUUGUAUUUUCAGAAUUGACCAGACUGGUAGAUUCUAUUGUUUUGCUUAAUACUUUUUUGGUUUGGAUUUUGGGUGACACAGUAGAAAGUAUGUGUAGUAUGCCAUUAUGAAGAAAUUAAAGAAAAUAUGUUCAAAGGACAAAGAGUCCGUGUAAAGGAUUGAAGAGUGAAGAGCGUUGGACAGAGUGCCUUAGAGCUGCCUGUGUCUGUGCUGGAAGCCCUUUAGGUAAACCUGAGAGCACCCCACCCUCCGUAGACUUCUUGUCAGGACUAUCACUUCAGGAGGCCAUCCCAGCACAAAUCAGCACAGACUAAUUGGUUAUCUUCCUCUUCCAUCUCAUAUUUUCAAAGCCUUUUUUUCAGUUUCUCUUUGGAUCCUUGUCAGACAUGAUAUUUUAGAGUACUUCUUGUAUAUUGUGGAGCAUUGUAACCUCAAGAAACGUAAUUUGUUUGGGUUCUGAUGUCUAGCAUGAUAUUCCUGAAUGACAAACUUUAAGAAUAAAGGACAACUAUAUUUCUUACAGUGUUUUUCCUGCAUUGUGAUUUUUAAGUAUUUAUCAUUUUGUGUAGAACAUGUGUGAAAUUAAGAUAGCAUUUUAGGGUACCUGAGCCUUGUAUGAAGUGAUGUUUCAUUUUCUUGUGUCUAUUGAUGACUAAACAUUGACAAUAACUAUUUUAUACUAACUGAAGUUUGUUAAUGUCUAUAGCUCCAUAAUAUCAUGGAGCAUAAUUACAAUGUAUAUUCUUCUCAUUAAAAACAUGUUAAAGACUU